UCUUACACAGUCAUUAUCCGCGCUGAACAGGGAGGCGUUCUUCCCCGUCAUCGACACGAAGAGAGCGCGGAGAUAUACGUUAUCAAAGGCAACGGCAAACAUCCUCAGACAGGCCACUUUGCCCAAGGGGACUACGUCUCAGAGAGAAAAGGGGCUAUUCACGAUCCUCUCGUCUUUCACAACGAGGUGGAGAUGCUCAUGAUUAGCCAAGGACCAUCGACUUUCCUUGAUGAUGAAGGUCGCGACUUGUAUCGGAUGGACAUAGCAAUGCUUCAGGGCCUGGAGUCGAUCAAGACAUAG